UCUCAGGGUGUAAAAUCUGGGAGAUCUGGUUUUUGUAUUACAGUUGGAUUUGGGAUCGAUUAUGGCUGUUGCGAUUGGAAAGGUUGUGGGUGCCAAUGGGAAUUUCAAUCCCAUGUUUCGAAGAAAAGAUGGGGCAGACAAAAAAUUGUGGGGCAGAAGAAAUGUUAGGGCAAUGGCGUCUGUUAGUUGUGGGAAACUGAAGGAGGAGUAUAAGUUACUCAGAUUGAAACCCAAUGCCAGCGAAAAGGAAGUCAAGAAAGCUUAUCGACGGCUUGCUUUGCAGCAUCAUCCUGAUGUCUGUAAAGGAGAGAACUGUGGUGUGACAUUUCACAAGAUCAAUGAGGCCUAUCAGAUUGUGAUGUCUACUUUAAUGGAGGUAAAUAAGGAAGAGGAGUAUUAUGCUAAUGAUGAUCUGGUUUUUGUUUUGCAAUUGGGUUUGGAAUCUGUAAUGGCUGUUGCAGUUGGAAAGGUUGUGUGUGCCAAUGGGAAUUCCAAUCCCAUGUUUGGAAUAAAAGAUGGGGAAGACAGAAAAUUGUGGGGCAGGAGAAAUGUUAGGGCAAUGGCGUCUGUUAGUUUUGGGAAGCUGAAAGAGGAAUUUAAGUUGCUUAGAUUGAAACCCAAUUCCGCCAAAAAGGAAUUCAUGGAAGCUUAUCGACGGCUUGCAUUACAGUAUCAUCCUCAUGUCUGUAAAGGAGAGAAUUACGGUGCCUGUAAAGGAGGGAAUUUCGGUGUGACGUUUAAAACGAUCAAUGAAGCCUAUCACAUUGUGAUGUCUGCUUUGAUGGAGAUAAAUGAGGAAGAGGAGUAUAAUGGUGAUGAGGGUUACAUGGGAUUCGGUGAAUGGGAAGAAUGGAUGGGAUUUGAAGGUGGUAUGCCAAGAAGAGAUUAUUCCAAUCAUAUUAGCUAUUACGAUGAUAAAUGGGAAGAAUGGAUGGGAUUUGAAGGUGGUUGCCCAAGCAGAAAUUAUUACAAUCAUGACAUAAACUAUUUUAUCUGAUUGUGAUCAAUUUACAGUAGCAGUAAUUGCCCUUAUUUUUUAGCAAUUGCUUUCCUUUUUGUAAGAGAAACACCUCAAGUUAACAUUAACAUUAAAUUUAUUGAUUUUAUUUUUGAGC